GGUUCGGUGACGCUUGCGCUUGACGUACCUUUCAGGAAGUAUGGAUCACAUGAUCACGUCAGUUUCCUGUUUACUACUGGCCCUGGUUAAAGUUCCUUUGCUACAUCAAACACGGCUAAAUAUCAUUGCAGUAUUACAAAAGCGCUCUUUCGUGUGCAUUUUCGCACCACUGAUCGUUCUGGCGUUGUAAGCAACAUUGAAGGUAUUGUCUUCACAACGAUAUCUAGACGUUUUAAAAACUUGAGGUCGAAAAGCGUGCGGGUUUCCUGUGAUUGGUGACCGGGUGUUGAGUUCACUUCAGUGGGAUGCGGGGUUUUGAUGUGAGGGCAGCAAAAGAAGGGACACAGCAACGCGUGGUUUUCUUAAUAAAUGGACAAAACUCUUCGUUUUUUCUUUCUGAUGAAAUUACAGUGGUAAGAAACCUUGAAGUAUUCCUCGUGUCGUUAAAGACAGUCGGCAACGGGCUAUUUUGAUCACCAGUGCUGUGGAGGGGCAUCACCUUGCCAGGACCCUGAACUCGGGACGUGUUCCCGGCUCCGGCCCCGGUGCCUUAAAACGGGCUGUGAGGAAGAAGCUUGCCCUGAAGGGAUGGCCUGGAGGAUCCUCUCGGCAUCAGGGAGCUGCGCUUUUUAAGGAAGGGCGGGUUCGGAUCGAGCAGAAGGCGGGUGACGGCUCGAUGAUGAUGGCUAGUAGGAGCGAGGAAUUAACCGAUCUGAUUGAUGUGUUCUCCAAGAGCCAGUACAGGGCGAAGGAGGUCACACCGGGGGUAGAGAGAAUAGAGAAGAGAUAUCUGGAGCUGUUUGACCGGGACUACAAGUACAGUAUCAUCCACAACACCAAUGGGGAGGUGUGUGGUCAUUACCCCCGGAAGAUUGUGUUCCUGGAAUAUGAAUGUUCAGACAACAAUAAAGAGAGUUUUGAGAGUACAGUGCAGAUCAGUAAGCUGCAGGAUCUGGUGAAUCGCAGUAAAAUGGCUCGUUGUAGAGGAAGAUUUGUCUGCCCUGUCAUCCUCUACAAUGGAAAGCAUGUGUGUCGAUCCUCUACACUAGCCGGUUGGGGUGAACUUUAUGGACGCACUGGAUACAAUUACAUUUUUUCAGGGGGUACAGACGACUCUUUGGGUGAAGCUGAAGAGGUUCUGGAAGAUGACUGUGCAGUUCGCAAUGGUGAUUCACAGUUGUUUGAUAAGGUUAGGGGCUCUGACAUUAAGCUGUUGAAGUAUUUGUCUGUACGCUACAUCUGUGACCUCAUGGUGGAGAAUAAGAAGGUCAAGUUUGGCCUCAAUGUGACCUCCUCAGAAAAGGUGGACAAAGCCCAACGCUAUGCUGACUUCACCCUACUCUCUGUGCCUUAUCCAGGAUGUGAAUUCUUCAGGGAAUAUAAAGACAGAGAUUACACAGCAGAAGGACUUGUCUUCAACUGGAAUCAGGACUUUGUGGACGCUCCUUUGACAAUCCCUGUGUGCUUUACAAGAAACCUCAACAUCAACUGGAGUGAAUAUCAGUCCUGGGACCUGGUGCAACAAACACAGAACUACCUGAAACUGCUUCUUCACAUCAUCAAUUCUGAUGAUGAGAACGGUUUACUGGUGCACUGUAUAUCAGGCUGGGACAGGACACCCCUUUUUGUGUCCCUGCUUAGACUCUCUUUGUGGGCGGACGGUGCAAUUCAUGCCAGUCUGGAGCCGUCUGAGAUCCUUUACCUGACUAUCGCAUAUGACUGGUUCCUUUUUGGUCACAUGUUGCCUGACCGGCUCUCUAAGGGAGAGGAGAUUUUCUUUUUCUGCUUCAAUUUUCUGAAGCAUAUUGUUUGUGAGUCAUUUUCAGUCGUGAAAAAACAAAGAAGAAAAAAUUCUCAUUUCAAAGAUGCUGACUUUACAGUGGAUGACCUUUGCCAGUUAAAGUCUAGAGAUCGUGGUAGUGUGACGAGUCUGAGCAGUGAUUUCUCUCUCAUCACAGAAGACGCAUCAGCUUCCCCCAGUCUACAAGCAGAAGCUACAGACCUGAUUACACUUGGCCCACAGGCUUCUAAUGGGAGGAAAGGCAUGCCAUUGGCUGCUCAUUCUGUGCUUUGGAACCGACCAAUCACUUCAGAGGAGCGAAUACCUAAUGUUAUCAAUGAACCUAGUCCUCUGGGCUCCUUCAAGUCUUCAAGCUCCUCCUCAUCCAACCACUCAGAUCAAAAUGCCACAAGGACAGGGAGCACCCCAUUAGCUGUACCAGGAAGGAGGCCAGUGGUGGAGUAUGCUCGGUCAGGCUCCUCAGUCUCCACAGAUUACGGAAGCUGGCAGAUUGUCUCAGGAUGUGGGAGUAUCCAUGAUCUUCCCCCAGUGCCCUCAGAGUCACCUCUUCCAUUCAGCUUCCAAGAUGAAGGUCCAAGCGGACGAAUGUGCACGUUUGUACCAGAAAGGCAAGUGAGGUUGGAGGCGGUGAGGGAAAUGUUCCUUUCUGCCUACAGCUCUACAGUAGGACUCAAGUCUUCAUCUCCAAGCCCCUCUGGUGCCCUUUCAGGCCUGCUGGAGCAGUUUGCUCGUGGAGUCGGCCUUCGUGGCACCAAUGCCAUUAUCUGAGCCUUCCUCUGUACAAUAUUCAUCCAGUUCAUCUUUUAUACACCCUCAGGACUUUUCAGUUCAUCUUUUUUUACCCUCUCAUCUUGCACAUCUCCCACACCAGUAGUACAUCAUUUAUGGGUGUAACUGUACAUUCAAAUCUGCUUCUCUCAGCCUCUAGCUCUUCAUUUCUUCUCAUUUUUUGUUCUGUCCUUUCACUUAUUCCAGUGCGGUCUUCUACUUGCAGAAAAGAAAAGUGCCAAAUCUUAAUAUAGGGCUCCAUUCAACUGCUCUUGUUUCUCUACAGACCAAAUAAUAUGUCCAUUUUAUUAAAAAUCUGAUUUCUAUUUUAAUUAGCACUGCUUCGGUUUAAUUUGAUUGAACCGUUCUCUUACUUUAUUUUGCAUGUUGCACAUUUGUACUGUAAUAAGGAAAGAAUAGAAGAGGGUUGAUAAACACCAGAAAGGGAAAUGUUUCAUCAAGCUCAAAAUUGACAAAUACUUCAAAUCAUACUUCUUCUAAAGAAGUUUAUCAAUUGUGAAAAGGGUAAAUAUGAUUAGGGGGGAAACAAUUUAUUCUGGCCUAAGAGGCUUGCGUUCCCCAUUUUAAAGCUUGUUUUGGUUUAGUUGCUGGCUUUUGUUUAGAUUUUACGUUAAUUUUAAGAGAAACGUACUUUAAGACAGGUUUUAGAACUUAGCUUUAAGACUUGGCUGCUUUGUUGUAGUUUUGGAAAUGGCAACAAUGUGGGCAGUGGUAAUGGAAGACAAUGUCCUUUGUUCUUUUAAUGAAUCGAUUUGGAAUUAUUUAAUGAAUGUGUGUUAUGAAUGUAAUUCAUUUUUUAUGUCUUUGGAUUAUUUUUAAAAUGCAACACGAGUACUCCAAAUUGAAAAGUUAAUUUAAUCAGACGUCUUCUUUCCGGAGCAGCAGUCCAUGUCCUGCAUCACUUCUUCUUAAGCUUAAGUUUCUUUUGUUUGUUUGUUUGUUUGUAAAUGAUCUUUGUCUUUUGGUAAAUGCCUCAAAUAACUAAUUUGCCUUGGCAAUGUAUUACAGAUUUGUACAGAUUUGGGAUUCCUGCACUUAAAUGAUUGGCUAUAAGGUUGCCUUUGUGGCCUCUUUACCUCAGGGCCUUUUGUUGUGCCUUUUGUUUUUAAGGGCGUAGAAUUCCGUUUUCUUGCACAGCUGCAUUGUUUUGUGCAACCUUUAGACUUAAAACCAUAUUUGCUUUAUAUCUGAUUCUCUUUUUGUUAAUUUAUGACAAACAAAGUCUUAUGUACUGUAGCGAUGUUGGGCAAAAUUCAGAUUUAAACAAUUCUUCCUUGUCAGUUCAUGAGUGUGAUUUUUAUGGAUUGAAUUAGAGGUUGAAAAAUUCUGUUACACAUUUAAUGAUGUAGCAUGCAAGUGAUUCUUUUACAAAGUGGUGAAAAGCAUAAUUAAACUCUUAUAAUACGA